UGACUACCGGCCACAGUCCGUACGCGAACGUUCACGGAGCGUCGUCUCGCCUGUGUCGGCUCCGGUUGCGAUCACCGUGCGCGACGACCAACGACGACCAACGACGACGACGACGAAGAUCGUUCUCGCCUAGCGAGAGUUUCGCCGAUAAAAAUUCCCGGGGGCUUUUCGCGUUCCUUCCCCCCGCGCUCGCUCGAGACCGCGAGACGGCCGAUCUGUUUCGCUCGUGCUAUUCGAUUGCGUCGCGUCGCGUCGCGGCAUUCGAAUCGGUCGCGAGUCACUGGAAACAUGUAAGACGAGACGAGGGACCGGAGUUGGAGAACUUUCGAGCAUACUAGCGGCACAGCGCGAGGGGAUACCGCGGGGUGUCGAUUCGCUCCGAGAUCGCUGGAUCCUGAGUCUCGUCGCACGCUCGCUCCAAUCUCUCUUCUCUCUUUCUCUCUCUCUCUCUCGUUCUUCGCGCGCGAUCUUCAACGGCCUACGAUCUCGUAGCUCGUUGCUCGCGACGCAUAUCGCUCGCAUUCGCGGGGAAAAAAACGAUGCGAAACACGGACCGUUGUCACGGGCGACGCGUAUAAGAAUGCGAGGCUGAGGGAGCACGAACCGAGCGGGCCGAACGUUAUCUCUCCUCUUCUUCGCGCUUCCACGAGAAGAAGAUUCGACUUCGGGGAUUCGGCGGUCGAGUUAACAGAGAGUGAGAUAAAGAGAGAAAGAAUCCGCACGAGAUCGCCGCACGCAACGUACGCUCGUCAUGUCAAUGAGCUACCUGCUCGUGUCUUUGCUGAUCGUCGCGCGGCAAAGCGGCGCGCAGGCCAACUGGUGGUACUUGGGGCUGGAGCCGAGGCUGACAUCCGGCCCGAUCCAAGGGAGCGGCGUUGUCGACUCGCAGACGCAGAUCGCCGGCGCGGGUGUAAUCGGUCCGGCGAGCGCCGAAAAGAACUGUAAGAACGCGCACCUGACCGCCAAGCAGCAGGCAAUAUGCUCUCGCUCGCCACCCGUCCUGCAGGCAGUCAGAGCGGGCGCUAGGCUCGCCAUAGAGGAGUGUCAGCACCAGUUUAGAUCAGCGAGAUGGAACUGCACCGUCAGCCCGGAAAAUCCCGAGAAUGUGUUUGGCGGCGUCAUGUUAGUCAAUAGUCGAGAGGCCGCCUUCAUAUACGCCGUAUCAGCAGCCGGGGUCGCUUACAGUGUCACGAGGGCCUGUUCCAGAGGCGAGCUCACCGAUUGCUCCUGCGACAAUCGCGUGAGAGCGCGACGUCCGAACAAUUGGCAGUGGGGAGGAUGCAGCGAGGAUAUACACUUCGGAGAAAAGUUUUCGCGCGAAUGGUCCGAGGGCGGAGAGGAACCGGUGAAGGAAGGUGUUCUGUACGGGCCAAAAGGGUUGGCUGGCCAGCUGAUGAGGAAACAUGAUAGCGAGGCCGGUAGACGCGCCAUUCGCUCCAGGAUGCAGCGCGUUUGCAAAUGUCACGGCAUGUCUGGCUCGUGCAGCGUGAGCGUGUGCUGGAGAAGACUGCCGUCAUUCCGGGCGGCCGGAGUGGCCCUAGCGGCUUUGCACGAGGGUGCCGCUCUGAUGCGACUGGCGCAACGUGGCGGUAGAAGACCAGCCAGGCUCAGACCGGCGCGUCCCGAUCUUAAACGGCCGAACAAGACGGAUCUGGUUUAUCUCGAGGACAGUCCUGAUUAUUGCGAAAGGAAUCUCACGCUCGGUAUUCCUGGCACGCGAGGAAGAGUGUGCAAUCGGACGUCUCUUGGUCUCGACGGAUGCCGGCUGCUGUGCUGCGGCCGGGGCUACCAGACGCGAGUGCGGGACGUCACCGAGAAAUGCAAGUGCCGAUUCGUCUGGUGCUGUCACGUGAAGUGCGAGAUGUGCCGGCACACGCGGGAAGAGCACGUGUGCAACUAAGCGGCAGAUGCAUUCCGGGGUUCCGGCCUAUCUGCAAGAACGCGCUCGUUCUUUACGUUCGGAUUAAUUAUUCAUUGCCACUUCGCGUUGGUACAUCCGCAAUUAACGCCGCGAGAGGCUACACAACGACACGUUAUGUCGAUGCGGUUUCCGCCUGACGGUCGCAUAAAUCGCAAGCACCGUUCUUCAGCAAUAUCGCAUAAGAAUAAUAAAAUGCAAUACGAGAGCGUUCGCUUGUGCUCGAGGCCUUUGCUUUCGCGAGAAAGAGCAGAAAACGUAUUUAUUUGAAAAUGGUCGGUGUCAAUUGCAUCUUUCACUAAUGUCCAUUUCAACUAAUGUAUUUCGAUUAACUUUGAUCUCGAUUUAAUUUACUCUUUAUCCUUCUCUAGUUCUAAAAUUAGAAAAAGAUAAAAAUUAAGUUAAUCUAAGAUCAAAGCUAAUCUACAUUGGUGGAAAUGAACGUAAGAGCGACUGUUUCACCUUCAUUUAUAUUUAUAUGAGUCAUCGAUUUAAAUAAAUUUUAAUCUUAGAUACUUUUUACCUAUAAACUCAAGCGAAAUUGCCCAUGGCAAUCAAGAUUCUCGGUAUUAUAACGUGUAAUGAUACGUCUGCGAGGUUGCUGUUGCGUGGCUUAUCAUCACCGUUUUGACUGUCAGGUGCCACGUCACUUGCGCGAACGCUAAUGCAUCGGAAGCGAAUGUGUUAUUUUAAUUUACAUUUAAUCGUUUAAUUUUAUCUCGACCCGGACGCACCGCGGAGGUGAGGAAUUAUAUUCCAGGGACACGUUGCAUGCAUGCUCGCUCGCUUUGCAUCAUCGUACUCGCGCGAUCUGACGAUCCGAGUUCUGAACGUAAACGUACACGGUACGGCAUCAUGUUUCCCUCAUCUCUUUUCCGACUCUAUUAUAUACAUAUAUACAUAUAUAUAUAUUUAUUUAUUCGAUAUAGCUGUAUAUGUAUCUCUCAUAUAAUUAGUACGCAUUCUUUUUAUAGCGAGAAUCGAGUGAUAGAAGGUUUCGUCGGAAUUUUAUCUAGAUUUCUCUUCGUGACAUAUUUAUGCAUCUCGCGACGCUCGACAUCGCGCCCUGAUGUGCCAAUUUACUAUUUCUGCGUACGAGAGAAGGAGAGAAUAAAAGCCCAGUGUGUAAGAAAAUGAGUGAGUGAGAAAGAGAAAAAAAAGCAAACGAGAGUGUGCAAAGGGGAGCAAAAACGUAAUAGACCACGCGCGUCGAUUACUUUUUUUCCCUUCUCCUGCUCUCGCACACUCGCGUACAAUACGCGUGCAAUUGCGCGACGAGUGUCCUAUUUAUAUCGAGGUAAAGACCUCCGCACGGUGUCUCGUAGGUAUCUCAUACUGAUGUCGUAUGUAUAUUGAUGCUCUCUAGUGCAUAGAACCUUCUUUUCGCCUAAUUAAAGAGCAACGUAGCGAGGAGUCGGGCCACGGGAGAAAGAGCGAUUGCGAAUUAUGAGGCGAUCCACCUCGCGAGCGAGACGAAUCCGCCUCGGGAUCUCAGGAGCCCUUGACUCGCAUGAAUCGGGAACAAUACUGCCAAUGAAUGUAAAUAUCGUCUCACUGUUUUUUUUUUUUUUCCCUUUCUAGACUCUACGCUCGUAAUCGUCGUUGUAUAUACAUAAGCGUUUUCGUCGGCUUCGUUUAGGGAAAUCUUUUUGCGUUGCGUCUUUUUCACAGUUCACACAAAAUACUCUUCUAUCUCAUCCGGCGAUGUUAUCUUUCGCUGUCACUAUUUUAUAUAUAUUUAAUACGAUGAUAAUACGACCGCUUUAUCGCAUGCCAGCGCCAGUUAAGUCGGCAGUCUAGUCAUUUACGAAUUUUCUGACCCCCCCCCCAUAUCAGCGGAUACACUACGCUCACAACGAAUUACACGCGAGAUUUCGCAUUUUCUUUGGCCGAAAUCGUAAUAGCAUAACGCAUCGCGCAAUUAUUAUUUUGAGAGACGUAGAUAUAUGCUUAAUUAUUUUGUAGCUAUAAAUAUUAAAUAUUAUGCAAUGUCUUAUAAACAGAAAUUUGCAGUUUCUCAAAUAAUCUGCUGAAAUAAUUUACUCGAAUUAUUCGAAUACGUUAUAUAGUACUAUUAUAUAUGCACAUGCAUGCACGUAUAAUGGUACUAUGCACUUGAUAUACUAUGCAAUUAUAGAACCAUGUUUCAAAUGUACUAUGAAAUUUCUGCGAAUAUGAAACUGCUCCAUAAAUUAAUGAAUGAAUGAAUUAAUUAAUGACGCUUAUUCGAUGAAUUCUAUAAGGUCUUUGAAUUUUCUAAGAUAUUUCGCAUUAUUGCGAAUUUACCAUUAUAUGAACAUAAACAUUAUUUCAGGUUGCAUACCUAUUAUCUCUCUUAUUUGUUUAGGAUACGGCCUUAAGCAACGCAUAGUAGAUAUCGCGAUUCGUCCGUAAUAUUGUAAGAACUUAGCGAUAAACGUAAACACGAGAGAAUACGCUCGUGCCAACGACAUACAGAAUUCAGUAUUGUGACAAACUGUAAUUUAUUUUCUUCACGAUAAUACAUCACACUUCAUUAGA